CAGCCCUGGUGGCACAACAACAAUUGGAACAAUUGAAUCAACGCAAGCACGGACGCAAAGGUCAACCACAACAUCAGCAACUCCAACUACACCAAUCGCAGCAACUCAUCCAGCAAGCUCAAGCGACUCAACUCUCGCAGUUGGACAUGUCCGGACAACAGCUACAACAAAUCCAUUUGGCGCCCCAUCAUCAUCAGCAGCAGCAAAUGGCUUCCGGCAACGGGGGCAACGGUCUAACCCCGCAGCUCUUUGACCCAAAUAGUAUUCUGGUACCCAUCAAGCCAGAGCCCUCCACGGAGACAGGUGGCAUUGAUCCGGGCGGCGCGGGCGGUGGAAACGUAGGCAAUUCGAACAACGCUGCGGCAGGAGCCAACGCCGGCCUCGGGGGCGUCGUGAUGACGCAGCAAGCGGGAGACGCCUCAGUGGGUACGGCUCAGUUGGCACAGCCAAGUUUGGUGAGCACACCGAACGGCAUGGUGGUGGGCGGAUGGAUCAACACUCUGAGCGGCUUUCAGCCAGUCACUACGACUGCAGCCGCUGCCUCUAUGCUUCAGGGGCUCAUUCCAGGUGAGCAUUGA